AUGGACUUGGUGAUGGAGUCCAUUGGUGAUGGACUCUUCCAGUUCAGAGGAUGGAUAAAAUAUAAUUUGCUGGAAAGGAAUGAAAAAAAAAGCCAGUGGAAGAUGGCUCUACAAUAAGUCCAUUAUAAUAUCUAAAUAUUAAAAGUUAUUAUACAGAAGUGGAACAUAUGGGUGCAGACCGACAAGGAAAAAAACACAUGUAAGUCUAGCUUCCCCAGUUUACAGUAAAUGCGUCUGGCUCACUGCAGAAAAUUCACAGACAAAGGUUUACCAUACCUGGACUCUUGAAAAGGCUGUCACAAGAUCAUCUGUUUGGAAAUUCCAGGUUGCACUCAGGUUUGUACUGAUGUCUUCAAAAAUACUGCCAAUGGCUGAAAUUGGAUUCAAGAUUUGCUAAUUAGCAAAAUGUUAACUCUUACAGACACGUCUUUAAUAAGAAUCAAUUCAAGAGAAGUUCAUGAGAAUAUGAAUGGUUUAUUUCACCCUUUUUCUUCAAAGGGUCUGGUUGAAAAAUGUCAACAGGUAAUGUCUCUUAUCUUUCUUGACUCCCCAGAACUUUCUGACACAACUUUUAAAGCCCUUGCAGAAUGUAAACUUUUGAAGGUCAGCACUGAAGGUUAGAAUAACCAAAAUACUGAUUCAGGUUUCAAGCUGAUGAGUAAAUGCUGUCUAUAUAUCAGGCACAUUUGUGUGGCUGAUUGCCAGUAGAUUACAGAGGCUGGUGUUAAGAUGAUUUCACCAGUGAAGCAUAUUCUUGUACUGAAUAUGGCAGACUGCACAAGGAGUACUUUGGUCAUCAAAAAUUUGAAAUCUGUGGAUUUUCACAAAGCUGUUGAAAGUAGCUUUCACCAGACAACUGCCUCUGCUGAGAAAAAUGCAAAGUUUUAUGGCUUGAGAGCCCUUGGCUGCCAUGGAAAAAUAUUGGAACUUUCCAUAUCACAAUGCAAAGACUUCAGUGACAAUGGGAUUCAGGAUAUGAUGUAUGGAAAAUUUGCAGAGAGUAAUCCCACUGUAAUUACACUGCCUGUCCCCAGCAUUGUAAUUGAGUUCUGCAAGGGCACAGAAUACCUGGAACACUGCCACAUCUCUUCCUGCCCUCAGCUGACAGAUGAAGCUGUGAAAACAAUGGCAUUUCACUGCCACAGGCUGACAUCUGUCAACAUAGGAGGUUGCCCAAAGCUAUGCACAAGAAAUAGGAUGGUUGAUAAAUGUAUCCAAUACUUGGCUGCAGCCUGCCAUUAUCUCCCCUUGGACGUCUCAGGUUGUAUUCAUCUUGCUGACAGUACAAAAUUUCUUUGGAAAGGCUGUGAGCAACACCAGAUUCUCACGACACUGUACUGUAGAAAAAUUGCCAAACAAGCUGUCUUGAAAGACACAGCUGAACUGGAGAAACAGGAACAUAAUGACGCUGACCAGCCUUCCUGGCAAUAUGUCUGGGAUGGCAACAUAACCACCUUCACCAAAAAACACAGAUCAGAGCCUGAAAAAACAAAUUCUUCAAAAUGAAAAAUGAACAAAUUGUGCAGCAUCUCUACAGUUCAAGGGUUUUUCUCUAGAGUAUGAAAACACCACUGUUAUUUUUUCUUAAAACUAAUCACACUUUAAUAAAAGGCUAUUUGUUGCAUUAGUAAAGAAGCAUAGCAAAUCUUUCUCACAGGAGUAUGAAUGCCUUCAAGCAAGACAGCUGCACUCAGACAGCACUGCUAACCCUCAGAUGUUGAUUCAAGCUGUCUUCAUCUUUCAAUAAUGAAAGUUUUUGUAGUCCCGUGCAGAGUAAGCAAUGAAUAAAUCUGCAUGUGUUGGAGGAUUUGUUUGCCAUGAAGGUCCUCUCCAGGACAUAAACACUGACUCCCCAGAGAACUUCACACUUGAUGUGGCUGGUACUCAUCAAGUGCAGUCUUCUUGAAGAGUUGAGAGCAGUGAGUAGGCAGUGACUACAGAUUCUUUAAUACACAACUACACCCAUACAGUUAAGCACAGUUCUCCACUUCCCAACAGUCACUUGUGCACCCAGAGCCCUCAUUCUCAUAAAAGCCUCUUGGGUUGAGUCCAGCUCUCUGAACAAGCUGAUGCUCGUGUCUGCAGGUCUGAACUGGGGGCUGGCUGGCAGCUGAGAGAGCAGGAGAACCAAAUUAAAGGGAGCACAGAUGAAAAAAGUGUUAGAGUAUAAAUUUGUUCCAGUUACAAGAAUGUCUUCUCAUCAAAUGGACAAAAAAAGAUAUAUGGGCACACAAGGGAUUUGCCAUUCAAAUUCUAAUUGCUGAUAACCUACUUAUCUUCCCUUGUCUAGAGAAAAAAUACAGUUUCACCUCAUUAGAGCAGAACAAGACAUUGUUCAAUGCCUUUGGGGAAACUCAUAAGGAAGGGUUUGUCCUUUUUCAACUCAUUCUUGACCUUUAUAUUAACAUUCUAGCUGGUCUCAACAUGUUUUAUCUUGGAAUGAAUAUAAUCAGUAGCUUUAGUGGUAGCACAAUUUUUCUGCUGGCUGAUUUAAACUUCUUUAAGCAAGUAACUAACAAGUCUGAUGUUUAGUUCCUGCUAGAUUUAGAAAAUUGAUGAAUUCAAAGUCUUGAGUUUGCUUUCUUUUGAAUAUGGAACAAAUAACAUGUUUCCUUACUAUGUUCUCCCUUAAAUUUUUGCUGAUGCAGCAGUCUCAAAAAACACAACCUCAAUCUCAGAGACUGACAGGCUUUGUAUUUCAGGUGAAUAAUGGGACCAUUAAAUGGAUUCAAUCUUGUGAAAUACCUACUAGACUGUUUUCAUGUGGUGUGAAUUUUGAGGUGCUUUUUUCACUUUGACUGCAGUAGGGCAUAGAAAUCAUUAGUUUCAAAUAUUUUUCUGGAUAUCCAAAAUAAUUAUAAUUUAUUAAUUUUGUAACUUCUAAAAAUAUAAUAACUAAUAUCUAAAAAUAUUGUAAUGCCUUUAUAGUAAUACUAUUAUGUUUUAUAUAUUAGUGUUUAUAUUAAAAAUACAUAUAAUUUGUCACAUGCAUCAGUGCCCACCUCAUCUCAACAAGCAGUACACACAACAAUAAACAGGAAGUUUUAACCACCCUGAAUUACAGUAGAUAUGCUGCCCUUGACUCUUGAAGUCCAUUAGCCAGGGGCAAUUAUAUCUCCUGGGGAAUCCUGUGGCAAAGAAGUUAAUUUCAUAAUGUACCAUUAUGACCUAAAGAACAUACACUUAUACACAAAACUUAAAGCCUGAGCUGGCAGUCUGAAUUCUCUCCUGCUCCUCACCAUCCCCUCAGCUGGCAGGGAUUCUGACAUUUCAGCUUAAAACACAAAUUUCACUACUCCUUUUAUAAGGUGCCAUAGAGAUGCAUGGAAAGGCUUUUAAAAGCCCCAUUUACUUUACUGUGUGCUCAUUUCACAGUAACACAGAACCCUCCACAAAAAUCAGAGCUGCUCUUGUGCAGACCUCCCUGCUCCCCUCAGCCCUCCUGCCUCCCAGGGCAGCUUUG